UCCAAAGUCUCCAUCAGCACCUGACCCUCAGCAUAUAAAUGGUUGUCCAAGUUGGUGCUCCUCAUUCUAAACAGCUCUACACCUCAUUAAAUUGCAAUUUGGACUCUGGAUUAUCUGAGUUGCAUUAUUCCAAUACUCAUUAGACUCACUAUAGAACUUUGAUAUUUUUCCCUCUACUUGGAUAGAGAUGAACAAAUUAAUGUGGGGAUGUGUGGCACUGGUGGGACUCUUUGCUGUCGCCGAGUCCCUGAAGUGCAACACAUGCACUGUGGGGUUGGCCAGCCUUUGUUUUAUUGGUUCAACUGCAGAAUGUAGCACCGACCAGCCCAACUGCUUCAGUGCACAAGCAGUGUUCAAUGCCACUAACAUGGUGAAUCUCAAGCGCAAGGGUUGCCUGGCCACAGCUUUCUGCAACACCACAUCCACUGGUAGCAUCCUGACAGCCGGCUACACCGUCACACAGACCUGCUGCAGCACCGACCAGUGCAAUGGGGCCGUAGCCAUCCAACUCCCUCUCACUGUGGCCCUUGGUGCCGCCAUGGUGGCCAUCUGGAGCACUUUCACUUAAACUAACCCUUCACAAUAAGGAUACCUCCUCCAUAGGUUUCCAUUGAAGUGUGUUGUAGUUCUUAAAAACACAAUAUACUGAAACUGUUUUUUUUUUUUCUGGGAAAGACUGCAAUGUUUAUUCAGGCUAGUUUCACUAAACUUUAGUUCCAAGUACCAACUCAAACUGAUUUUACCUCUAGGCUAAACAACAUCCUACUACAGCAUCGCAAUGUACAGUUCAAUCAAUGUCAUUGUAUUUAUAUUGGGAACUUAUUUGUGUGACGCAAGUACUUUUUAACGGCAUAAAUUCUCACUCAUGUCACUAUCAAUUAUCAUUAUCUAGCAACUUUUCAUUUUCCCCAGUGAGUAUGUUACACUCUGUACUCUUUUAUAAAGAUAACUUUUCUAUGUAUUCUAUGUACAAUAAAUAAACAUAUUACACGUUAAAGAAUUAUCUACAACUAUGAGACACUACAUUGUGUGUGUGUGUGAAAUGGUUGAACAAAUAAUAAAAUAAAGACUAAACACAUUUAACUCA